AUGAAAUACACAAUUUAAAACCCCUACUCAGUACUUGUCAUAAGAUGGAUUGGCUGCCUCGUGUCCUGACACUUGCGACCUUUUAUGUAAUCGGGUCCAACGCUGACUGUUCAUUCAAUACAAACUGCACAGAUCCCCAAACCACGACCGUUACAGCGCGAAGUGAUGAUAAAAAUUUCAGCUCAGUAUGGUCAACUUACCAAGUAGCGUUCUUUUUUGGAGUGUUUGUGUUGAUUCUAGGCGUCUUGUGUGUGAUUGUAAUCAAACGGAAAGCAAAAUUCGGGCAGCAUUCUCGCCAACAGGAACGUCAGUGUGGAUUAAUGACCGCUGCUAUUUACGACAUUGUAACUCAGAGUCAACGCACUAACACAGGAGCAAGCGGAAGUCCAGAAAUUGUAGUGCAUCCGGUGAAACCACCAAGCUAUGACGAAGCCACGAAGGAUUCUAAUCAACCAGAGUGCCCGCCGCCAUCAUAUAGAGAAAGUCUAAGGCAAUCAUUAAAUGAAUAUCCCGAACAUUUUUGUCGAAAUAUUAAAUACUAGAAAGUUAUAAUAAAGUUUGUAGAUUCUUUUUUUUUUUUUUUGUCAGAUUUAACCAUGAUAUGUUUAUCUCCCAUGGCAGUAUUGAUUUUUGAAAUACAUUUGCUAUAUCUCUGCUAAAUUAAAUUAGUUUCCCAAAUGAAGACCUGAAUUUAAAAAAAAGGAAUCGUUUGAGAAUUUUUUGUCUUAAGUGCAAAGAAUGUGUACUGAUUUGAAAACUUGUCUUAUCUGAAUAAUUCUUUUUUACACGUGUCUUUAAUUUUUGUAUAUUGAUAUGUUUGAGUGUUGAUAAUCUUUUUCAUUGUGUAUUAUUUGAGGCAAGAAUCAAGUAAAUUGACAAUCUUUUUGCUUGUAUUAAUGUGUUGCAAUGAAAGGAAUCAAUAGUUGUAUAUAGAUGUAUAUGUAUAAAUAAUAUUUAUGUCAAUUAAAAACAAAGAUUUCCAGCAUCAAAAAUCUUCUAUUCUCAAGAUUUUUGCUGUGAACUUUUUCAUUCUAAAUGAAAGUUAAUGAGGAAAAGACAUUGCAAAAUUCUUGAGCGUCUUAGUUGUUCAUAAAAAGAUGUGCGUCUUUUUUCUUCAUAGUUAUGUCUGUGUAUGUUUCUGUGGAUGUUUGUCUGUGUGUGAUGUUUAGAGGAAAAUAAAUCAGCUUCAUGUAUAUCUGCUAGUAUACCAAAUCUGUUUAAUCUCAAGCUCCAUAGUGUUUUCUGUGAUGAAGUGUAUAUAUUAAUGUACCCAAUUUGAUAUUGUCUUUGUUGCAUUAUAUUAAUGCAACCCAUAAUUUGUGUCGAAAUAAUACUUAUGGUAUCUAUAUUUCAGUAUUUUUUAUUAAUGAUGUGAAAGAAAAUGUUAUAGUAAUGUACUAGUAUUUAAAUAUUAAUAAUAUUAUACAUAUAUAACCAUAUGCAUAAUGCA